UCUGUGUUAUUCAUAUUCUGCCAGGUGCAAUUUUUAAAACAAACUGAAUGAAGAGAUUGGAGUUGUUAAUAAAGUGCCACGCGUGUUCGAAGAGUUUCAAGAAGAGAGUACCGAAGUGGCGAGUUCUCCAUGUCCGUCAGGUGGUCACGAGCGUUACUAUUGCUACCUACUGCUCGCUUGUUUGAGUUCUGAAAAAACCUAAAUCGCAGGAUUGCACUUUGUGCUUAGUCGGAGAAAUAGGGGAUAGUUUCAAACAACUACGCCUAUAACACGACGGACAUUUGGAGGAUUCCAACAUAACAUCAAAUUCUAAACGGAAGUAGAAAUAAAACUAUCGCUGUUCUUGGCCUUCAGCAGUCGCAGUCAAGUAAUCGAUCCCACUGUGCUGAUUGUUGUGACUCGUCACUGUCAAAAGAAACAUAUUCACACUUUUCGAAAGAUUAAAAAUCUAAAUCACAAGGAUAAACAAGUAGUUGUAGAUUUUCACCAUUUAUUUGAUAAGAAUUCUCCUUGUUCUUGUUGUCUUUCUUGUGGUAAAAAUGCUGAGGCAAGCGCGUGAUCCUGAGGCUUUGUACCAGUUCUUGUACCUCGAAGCGGACUUCUCAAAGGGAGACGCAGCGGCACAAAGAGUUAAGACUAACAAAGCUUCAGCAACUUUCCUUUUCCUACCAUUUAGAUAAAGGAAAUUGUGGUUGGUCUUGGUAGGUUUGUUCUUACUAAGCCUAAGCUAGUACCACUAAUAACUUGCUGAAUUCCACCUAAUACAUAGACUGAGUGUGAUAUUAGAAGUAAUCGAAAAAACGUGAACGACGAGAGCAGCAGGAUAUGUUUUCAAAUAGAAUUAGUAUACUUAUGAAAGCGAAAUUGAACUUCAAUGUGAAUAUGACCGCGACCACCAUACACAUACAUGUGCUAACAGUAAUGCUGGUUGGCAGUCGAAAGCUCAGGUGCAAGCAGUGUGGGACUUUUUGUAUAUGAAGUGGGACCUUCCGAAAAAAGACGCGCGCAACAAGCUCGUGGAGCUUAGUGGGAAAUGGGUCUCGCUCAGUCACUUACCGGAAGAUAAGACGCAGAUUGACGCAUGGUUCCGUUACUUCUACAAUUUAUGUUGACGCCACGACUCCUGUUAGUGUCUUCAGUGUCACAGUGACUUUCACGUACUACAGAAACUGUUUCUUCUUCGUGCAGGAGCAGGACCUGCAUUUUGGUUUUGUAGAUCUUGAAAGGUGCAGAAGUAUUUUUUUGAUGUCUUUCUUUCAUUGACAUGACCAUGAUGUAGUUCUAGGAUGAUCGUAGUAUUAGAGCUGUUUUCGCCCAUUCGGCGAUCGCAAAGCUGGUUUGUGAUGGAUGUUUGUACUCUUUUUCCCUAAUUUCUUCCGUCGACCUAAGCAAGCAGGAAAGCGGCCAGCGCGUGUUCACGAUGAUGACGCAGGAACCCUGGCGUGUGAAAGACGAUCCGAAAAAUCUGGAGAAAAUUUUGAAAGAGAUUUACUCGUGCAGCGAUUUGAGCAAGGAGAAAGCCGGUCAGCUCGCAGCGAAAUUCAAUGACGCAGAUCAAGUGAAAGCCAUCUGGAAAGCCUUGUACAACUUAUGACAUCUCGAUCUCAGCCUCACUAGAAGAACUUCUCGGAGGGGAAAAAGCUCCGCCUAAAAGGACAGCAUGAUUGAAGUUUACAAUUGAAAUUUACCUACUUUAUUCAGCUUUGAAUUUGAUUGAUCACAAGUGAAAUUGUCAUAAUCUUUAGUCACUCUUCUAUCUCUAAGUUUAACCUGCGACUACACGAAAGCGGAUGCGACACGCAUUUUGAAAGAAGUCGAGGACUGGCACUGGAUCGAUGAUACCUGGAUCAAAAAACAGUGGAAAAAGUAUUACACCGAUGAGGACAAGACCAAACUUGAGUCGCAGCGCUUGAUUCAACUUAUGGCUAGUUGUAUCUACUACUAUCUAGAAAUCUCCUCACCCUGCGGACAGGAACUCUUCUCAUCUCGAUCUCAUCGAUCUGUGGAAUAGGUUUUUCACUCUCCCCUAACAAGGUUAACUAGGCCAUUAAAUUCCGUUAUCUGACUGAGACAACUGGUGUGUCAAGACCACGAUCGGUGUCCGUCGGAGGAACGUCGUCCUGAGUGGCAGUGAAAAGGGAGGGAUAAUGUGCACUCUUCAGUCAGGGAUAUUAAUGAAAUGCAACUACUACCUCAUCUAAUCAAGAAGAGCUGAUUUCUUACGCGAAGUACACGAAAGAGAACAAGUACGGACACAACAACGAGGACUACAGUGGGAGUGGGACGAACGGUGUCAUCAACGCCUGCAAUGGAGCAGGUCCACAGGAGUCUCGCAGCAAACCGGAGGUUCGUGAUCCUGAUGUCGUCGCUUUCCUAGUCAGCAGCGUGCCGGACGUGAGCAGUGUGAAAGCGAGCGAACUGGCUGCCCGCUUCCAUAACGUGCAGCAUGUUUAAGGCUUUCCCUAAUCCAUCUUCGGAAGCAUCCUUAAGAGGCUUCUCAUUAGGAGAAACGGCACCCUCCACCUCCAGGAUGCACUAUCUUGAGAUGGAAGAUUAGGGUGCUGAGCUCUAACAUAUAAGGUGCAUCUGGAAAGCACUCACCAAAGGCUGGCUGAACAUGCUCAGUUGCGACGCAGCCAGGCUUCUGCGCGAUGUUGAGGAUUGGCGUGAUAUUAGUGAUGACUGGAUCACCGACAAAAUUGAUUAAGGCUCCUUGUUCCCCUAGUCCAUCUUCGGAAGCAUCCUCAAGACAUAGAGACUUCUCAAGGGGAGAGGACACUGGAAGCAUCCUCAAGAGAUUUCCCUUUUCCAAGGGGAAACUCUGACACUUAGACUUCGGAUGCAUCUCGAGAUUGUGAUGGAUUAGGGCGAGCUCAUUUAAUUUGAGCAGUACAACAGGGAGCAGGGGUUGUCGCGUGGCGAGACUAUACGUCGUGUGAAGCUGGACCUUAUCGAGUGCGGCAACGCAAAGACGACGAUGAUACUGCAAGCACAACAGGCUGCCGCGAUGAUGCAACAGGGACAAAUGUUGAUGAUGCAGGCCGCGCAGGGGAAUCGCUCGGGGGGACAGGUGAUGACGCCUCAAGCGUAUCAGAUGAUGUCACAGGGGCAACAGCCUCAGAUGAUGAUGCAGGGGCAGCAGCCUCAAAUGAUGAUGCAGGGGCAGCAGCCUCAGAUGAUGAUGCAGGGGCAGCAGCCCCAGAUGAUGACGCAGGGGCAGCAGCCCCAGAUGAUGUCGCCGGGGCAGCAGCCUCAGAUGAUGCCACCGGGGCAACAGCCCCAGAUGAUGAUGCAAGGGCAGCAGCCUCAGAUGAUGAUGCAAGGGCAGCAGCCUCAGAUGAUGACGCAGGGGCAGCAGCCCCAGAUGAUGUCGCCGGGGCAGCAGCCUCAGAUGAUGAUGCCGGGGCAGCAGCCUCAGAUGAUGAUGCAAGGGCAGCAGCCUCAGAUGAUGAUGCAAGGACAGCAGCCUCAGAUGAUGAUGCAAGGUCAGCGGCCUCAGAUGAUGAUGCAAGGGCAGCAGCCUCAGAUGAUGACGCAAGGGCAGCAAAUGAUGAUGCAGGGUCCGCAGAUGAUGAUGCGCUAGCCGGAGGUGAAGUUGCGAACCAUAUAUUCACUUUAUGAGCUUUUAGAAUGGCUCUGUAUAACUUCACUUUAUGAGCUGCUAGAAAUCUACAGCUACAUACACAUAGGUAAGGUGAUGUAAAAAAAACUAUACGCACUAGAUUCUUUCAGAAUACCAGAAGAGCUGCGUUGUGAGUGGAAGAGCAAAGGAUACCUCAGAUGUCAGAUUUGUAGAAAGUGGAAAACUGAGUUCGACGAUAAAGCCAUGACGUUGCAAUCUAGACCAAAGCGCAUUGACCUAAUUAAAAAACACAUGGAUAAAUUCAGAAAAAAAGUGAAAAAGUUCGGAAAAUAAAACAAAAAAUGCAUCUUGUUUUCUUGAGACAUCAUACAUAGAACGAAUAUCCACCCCUUUGCAUCCUAAUUAGGUUUUAGACAAUACCUCGUGCUAGGUAAAUGAAUGAAUGAAUGAAGUAGAAGAUCAACAUAACAUACUUAUUAUCGGUGCAACUAAUAUUUUAGUUUCAUGCUAUUCGUUGUUUAAGACAUCGUUUUUUAAAUACUGAUCUUCGAAAGUCCUAGGACCUAGGUCCAUCUUAUUAUUAAUAUUCUUGUUGUACGAGGAGCACCUGCACCACGAUCAUAUACGAUAGACUCUGCUUUGAUAAGUACUUAAAAAAAAAACGGACGCACGAUAACAAAAAGGAACAAUAUAUAUAAGUGAAGAUAUUGCUAUAUAUAUAAGAUAUAGACUCAAGCCACGACCAGUAAUUGAGUAGUUCGUACUUCAGAAAAUUAUUCCUUCUGUGCAGCAUAACGAAAAAGAAUAUCAUGCAUAUCCAAAAUAUCAUCAUGAUGAUGGACUCUUGAAGUUGUUAUUUAGGUCUUGGUUUGUGUACAAAAACUGACCACCACUUUUUUUAGGGGAGGUCUUCUUGGAAAAAAGUAUGAAAAAGUGACAGCAUGAGCACGCAGCCGUUGAUUGUAAUGCUUCAUUAAUAAGAUAAAAUGCAAAAUAACUACAUAGCAAUAGAAAUAGCUCUCGUAAUUGGAGCAAGAUAAUGAUGAGGCAGGUGUUCUCCUUGAUCGUUGCAGAUUUGGAAGUUUUUUGAUUGCCUUACUUCAUCCACCUUUGUCGUUUAUUGGCAAGGCUGCAAAUCCUAUGU